GUCAGAAUCUAGACGCGCUCGGAGCUCGAAUAAAUUUCUACUUAUCGCCUUUCACCCUGCUCGCCGUUCGUACUCAGUGAGCGCAAGCUCGUUUAUGACUUUCACUCAGAACACUCGCGACGAUUAUCUCAGCGACCUCGUAUACUCCCUGCUCAACCAUUAAAGCCUGCUUGCAGUCAUGAUUUCGCCUCGAAUCCUUCGCCUUGCCAUCCCUCGUCAUGCUCGGGGUCUCGCAUCCCAAGUGGGGAACAAUACGCAUAUCCCCGGAGUGCUGCACUUGAAGACGGGGCAGUCUUUCUACGGACGGUCCUUUGGUGCGCCCAAGAGCAUCUGGGGAGAAACCGUGUUCUCCACCUCUAUCACUUCUUACACCGAAUCUAUGACCGAUCCCUCCUACCGCGGUCAGAUUCUCGUUUUCACCACACCCCUUAUUGGCAAUUAUGGAGUCCCGCGCAACGAAGCACCUGUGGAUAACAAGGACGUCGGUGUCGUCCUCGAAUCUCAGAACAUCCAGUGCUCUGCAGUUGUCGUAGCUGACGUCGCCGAAAAAUUCUCACACUACCUGGCGGUCGAAAGUCUUGCGUCUUGGUGCCAGAAGAACGGCGUACCAGGUAUUACUGGUGUCGACACCCGUGCUAUCACCCGUCUAUUGCGCGACCAAGGGACGACCCUCGGUCGAGUGGCCGUGGGUUCCGACGCCUCUCUGCCUCCGCCCAAGCCCGAAGAAUAUUGGGACCCGACCACGGAGAACUUGGUCGACCAGGCCUCCACCAAAGCGCCGUACACUCUUAACCCCAACGGCGACGUCAAAAUCGCCGUUCUAGACUUUGGCGCGAAGGCGAACAUCCUGCGGUCCCUUGUCCGCCGCAACGCGUCCGUCACCGUCCUGCCCUGGAACUUCGACUUCAACACAGUCAGAGACCAGUACGAUGGUCUUUUUCUGACCAACGGGCCUGGCGAUCCCAAGCACUGUAUGGAGGCGGCGAUGAACCUUCGCAGAACGUUCCAGGAAUGGAACAAGCCGAUCUUUGGUAUUUGCAUGGGACACCAGGUGAUUGGGAUGGCAGCGGGUUUGGAGGCGUACAGAAUGAUGUUUGGGAACAGAGGGCAUAAUCAGCCUGUACUGGCCCUGGCGAGCUCUGGGUCCAUUAGAGCCGGAAGGGUGUACGUCACUAGCCAAAACCAUCAGUACGCUCUGAAGUUACAAGAUCCUUUCCCCGAGGGCUGGGAACCUUUCUUCAUUAACUGCAAUGACUCGUCUGUUGAGGGUAUUAAGUCCACAGCGGAUUCUGGGAAGAAGAUUUGGGGUGUGCAGUUCCACCCUGAGAGUGCCGGCGGUCCCCUGGACACAAUUGAGAUGUUCACGGACUUUGUAAAUGAGUGCCGGGCGAUGCGGUUACAUAGACGAGCGGAGACUGGAGGAGAUGUGAUGGGCGCGCCGAAGGCUGCUCCUGGGAUGGCUACCGUCGAGUCACCCCAGCCGAUUUCUGUUGCUGCUUGAUUCCUCUUGGAUGUGAUAUAUAGAAUGUACAAUGUUUGUUGUGCUACAUAAGGUUAUAAUCGUCGCGUAUGAAAUGGUGUUCAUUGAGAUGCGCACUUGAAGUUGGAAGCUGG